AUGAGCAUAGAGACGAUACCCAAAUAUCAGGCCUUCAAUAUGUCUAAUGAUUAUAGGGCGCCUAUUACAUGCCCUUAUGGUUGUACAUUAAAGUUGGUUGAAGAAUAAUUAUUGCUACAUGUAACAAAAUGCUGGAGGUAAGAUGACUCACUUUAUGGUCAUUGCAAAUACAAUUAUCUCCAUAUUUACCCAUAUUCAUAGUUGCCUUUUCAUGAAUAGAAUUGUACGAGCAAUAUCCCCAUGACUGAAGAAGAUUUUGCAUAUAAGCCAGAUCCAAACUAUAAUAAUGUAAAUUUAGAUUGGAUCUAAGAUGAAUUGUCAUUGUAAUAUGCAAAAUAUUUUGCACCCAUCUAAGAUUAAAUUUCUAUGUCUAGUAAAGAAUAGAGUAACCAAAGUUAACCAACAUCUUCUGAUUAGGAGAAAUAACCUGAAGAAUUCGAUUAAUAAUAAAACGUAAUCACAUCUGAUGGGGAAACCGAAAAAGAUUUAAAAGAAAAUGAAUGUAAAACUGAAGAUCCAAAAAAUUUGAAUUUCACUGAAAUUUAGUUACAAAAUUAAAAUUUAAAUGAUUCUGAUAAAAAAGUGGAUCAGCUAAAAAAUGGAAAGGAACACUCAAAUAAACCUUAGUAUGAUCACAUGGAAAACUCAGAAGCUGAAAAAUCUAUUUCAAAAUACAUACAAAAACUUCUUAAGAAGAUGAGAAAGAUUUGGUGA